UUGUGCGAAUUAGGGUUCGAGAAACCCUUCCUAAUUGCUCUAUUCACGUCUGCACCUGCUUCUUUACUUCAAGACAUAUUUUCUCAGCAAAAAAGGGUUGUCAAUCAAGUGAACUCAUCGUCUUCACCUCUUGACUGCCGAGAGCCGUCCUCAGUAAAUACCAACUGUCAUGAAAUAGAAUCGGCUAUUUUGGUGGACGACUCGACUACCAACUUAGAAAGCAAAGCUCAGGAAGUCUCAACCAUUGAGAUCUCCACAGAAGUAUCACACAUACCAUCCAGGUGGCAUUCUAACUCUUGCGUCCAAACGCCUUCGUUGCUCUUAUGUCCAAAUCGAAUUGUUGCAUCUGAUUCGAGAUCUAUUGGGGAGUCGGAUGAAGCUUAUCAGCCUAUGCAGGUACAGCAACAACAAAAGAGAUUCGAUGCCGAACAAGCUAUUGAAGAACCGACGCAUCAGGUAGGUCUGGUGGAUUCCAUAGGCUUGGAGUCUCGAUUACAGCCUUCGUCAUCCUCUGGUCGGCAGCAACAGCUUCAGAUGGAACUAGAGGCGCGGCAACAGCUUGGUUCUGUAUCUUCACAAUUGACGGUCGUUAAGCCAAGUGGGCAAUCCUGCUUGCCGGCCGCUGAUCGCUUGGCAACCAUCGACGGCAAUGAUUGUUCGGGCGAAAGUGGCCGAGUUUCCGAUUGCCUGUUGACACCUGACCAGGUGCACGUCUAUUUCGUCGUCAGAUUGAAGGAGAAGAUGCGCAAGGAUGGAGCGAAACCAGCCAUCAGAGUGGAAGUUGAACAACGCACAGGUAGACGAAUGAAAUAUAACCAUAGCUACCUUAAUGAACACAAGUUGUGA